CUCCUCCAUCAUCGGAUCGUUCUCACUGUAAUAAGCUGAAGAAAGCAGCCGAAGAAAGAAAGCCGAUUUAAAAAACAAAAGACAGUGGCGCGCGGGAAAUCCGAAGCUCUUCCAAGGGUAUUUGCUUUCUCUUUCUGAUACCCAAUACUCACAUUUGCAGGAGCGGAGGAACGGAUUGAUUGAAAAUGAGAAGAAGUCUCAGUCCAAUCCUCAGGAGGGAACUGGAGAAUCUUGACAAAGAUGCUGACAGUCGAAGAUCGGCAAUGAAGGCAUUGAAACUAUAUGUGAAGGAUCUUGAUUCCAAAGCUAUUCCGUUUUUUCUAGCUAAGGUUUCUGAAACGAAGGGGACUGGUUCUUCAACUGGAGAAUAUACAAUAUCUCUUUAUGAAGUUCUUGCCCGUGUCCAUGGACCAAAGAUUGUUCCUCAGAUUGAUAACAUCAUGACCACUAUUGUUAAGACUUUAACAUCUAGUGCAGGUUCUUUUGCUCUUCAUCAGGCUUGCUCGAAGGUAGUUCCAGCGAUUGCGAGAUAUGGAAUUGAUCCAACAACCCCAGAAGAGAAGAAGAGAUUUAUUAUUCAUUCCCUUUGUAAGCCUCUAUCAGAUUCUCUUUUAGGGAAUCAAGAAAGCCUUUCAUCUGGUUCUGCACUUUGUUUGAAGGCAUUAGUGGAAUCUGACAAUUGGAGGUUUGCUUCGGCUGAGAUGGUGAAUGAGGUCUGUCAAAGGCUAGCUGGGGCUUUGGAGAAGCCUGCACAAACCAAUUCUCACAUGGGAUUGGUCAUGGCUUUGGCCAAACACAACUGUUUGAUUGUUGAAGCUUAUGCUAGAUUGCUGAUACAAUCAGGCUUAAAGAUUUUGAAAGCUGGUGUUACUGAAGGAAAUUCUCAAAAACGGUUAUCUUCAAUUCAAAUGAUGAAUUUCCUACUGAAGUGUUUGGAUCCUAAAAGUACGUUUUCUGAGCUUGAUGUCAUAAUUGAGGAGAUGGAGAAUUGUCAAUCAGAUCAAAUGGCUUAUGUUAGAGGAUCUGCUUUUGAGACUUUACAGACUGCAAGGAGAAUAGCGAAUGAUAAAGGAUUAAAACUUGAAAAAGACACAUCCGGUUCGUCUUCUUCUUGUAUGAGCAACAAUAGUAGCCCUGAGUCACAGACAAUGGACUCCUUCACUGCAUAUGGUCCUUUGACUGAAUCUCCAUUAUCACCUGAUCAAGUGUCGUGGGAGCUAAAUUGCAAUAGAAGACUUGUUAACAGGAAACUUUGGAAGCAUGAGAAUGGUGGGGUGGAUGUUUCUCUCGAGGAUGGAUUGUAUUCUGGAGAAGUGAAUGAAUGUUAUAAUGAUAAUUGCAAUUAUGGUGAUGAUGGUGUUGGCAAUGGUGAAAUUGAGCAAUGUGAUGGUUUUUCGGGUUUCAAUAAUCUUACUCCUAGUCAAAGCAAGAAAGCUAAUUCUCAGAUAAGCAUGGACAAUGUGAAGAUUUUCACCACUCCAAGGAAGCUAAUCCGAUCCCUUCAAGAUGACACAAAUGAUAACAACUUUGAUUUCUCUGAAAAUAAUGGAAGAAGAUUUACAAGUCCAUGUUCCAGAAAAUUUGAUUGGACUCCUGCAUCCAAGUAUGAAGCAGCAAAUGAAUUUUGUGAAGGCAGCAACAUGAAGAAUAAUGAAUCACCAUUCCUCAAUGAACCUUUUCACCAAUUUGCCUCAGAAUCUGUCUCUUCAACAGAAGAUGUGCUGCCAAUUGCAGCUUAUAAUCAUAAUAAUUUCCAUGUAGUGAGUCAGGAAGAAACAACUCCUCUCACUAUAAAAGUCAAUGCUGGAAAUCAGAGAAGGAAGUUCAAAUCAGUGACUGUGAUCUGUGCUGUGUUUGUCGCGCUUUGCGCACUUGUUGCUAGUUUCUUGAUCAUUGACGAUCAGGAUGUGAGUCUUCACCUUGUUCCAACAUGAUUGAUUCUCAAUCAUUCUGAUGACAUGUUAAAGGAUUUGAAGCUCUUCUUCAUAAUAUAGGAGCAGUUUUUUUCUUUA